AACAGAUCGAAACGGCAUCUGUUUGUCUAGGCAGACAUAAUGGCCAACUUCGCAAAAUUUGACCGCUUUCCGACCGAGAUCCGCCUCCAAAUAUGGCAUCAAGCAGCCACUGAUCCGCAAGUCGUUGAUGCUCGGUUUAUUUACUAUAUUUGGGCUAUGCCAAACUUCAGAUCAGAUUCUUAUCAGAAUACGACGAGUCAUCUAAAAGGUCUCUUGAGAGCGUGUCGAGAGUCUCGUCGUGAGGUCAUAAGAAACUUCGGCCAAAAUCUCAGGCGAUGGGGCACUCCUCAAAAUCCGGUCCUCGUUUACUUCAACCCGUCUAUCGACACGCUUUGGUUUUCGGAACAUUUCAUAACAGCAAGCCAUCUACAGUUCUUCCUCAAGCAGUUUGAAAAUGGUCUUGAUAAAGUUCGUCGUGUAGCCUACCCUCUCUGGCUAGAAGAGUUGCCAGAUCGCUUGGCAGAUAUAUUUCAUCACAUUUAUCGGCUGGAACGCAUAUAUCUAACAGACAUGUCAUCUAGCGAGGACAUACUGGGGAAGGCAAGCCACGCAGUGCUCCUAGAAACGAAACUCAGGCCUGAGGAUGACGAAGCCCGUAUGGUUGAGGUGAUCAAGGCAAACCGUGGAGAUCCAUUACUUGUUGUCACGUGGAAGCUAGUAGAAGAGCAUAUCCAACAAGUCAUGAAGGAAAGGAUGACGAGAGAUACAAGUUCGGAUCGGGGCUGGACACGAGUCAUUCCCGAGACGAGAAUCGGAAGGAUUACCUGUUGGGAGUUGCUUUGGAACCAUACUUGGACUUUAGGAUGUUAUUGUGAAUACUGUCAGUGGCGGGAGAAACGGCACCCUGGGUCCCCCUCUAGUCUAAUGAGGUUACCCUGACAGUGUAAAAUAUAAUCUCUCCUUGUUUGGAUCCAUGGGGUGAUUUUUGUUCCAUAGUUCAACCCCGUGAUCUUUUCCCUCUUUGUAUUUAAUCCCUGUAGUGCUAGAUUAGAAUCCGGCACCUUUCCAGUAAUCGAAUAUGUCCC